CACUGCCGAUCACGGAAAGAGCCGAAGAUGUCGGCUCGGUCAUGUGAUCAGCUGUGUCCAAUCACAGCUGAUCACAUGGCACUGAUGAUCAGUGUGCCCUGAUGAUCAGUGUGGCCCCAGAAGUUCCACCUGCCAGUGCUCAUCAGUGCCACAUGCCAGUGCCCAUCAGUGCCACGUGCCACUGCCCAUCAGUGCCACAUCAAUGCCACAUAUCAGUGCCCAUCUGAGCUGCCUUUCAAUGUCACCCAUCAGUGCUAGUCAGUGCCACCUAUCAAUGACAAUCAGUGCCACUUUUCAGUGCUGCCAAUCAGUGCCACCUAUCAGUGCCAGUCAGUGCCGCCUAUCAGUGCCAGUCAGU